AUGUCGAACUACACGAGGAAAAGCAACCAUGUGUUGCUGCAGAGCCAGCGGGAGCUUCUACCCGGAAGCAGCGGCGCCGCAGGCUGCUUCUCAAUACAGGAAGAGCUUGCCGUGUCUAGACACGAUGCGGAGAGUUCUCGCACCCUCGCGCUGCAAUAUGACAGCGAAGGAAGGCCGGAAUUCGAUAGGGUGGUGCGCCAGGGAGUUCGCAGCGACAAGAUCGUGUACUCCAAACCGGCGGACCAACGGGAGAAGCAGUUCAGCGAGGACGCGCUGGCCCGUCCUACUGACGAUGCCGUUAACAAAAACCUAGACCGCACACGGGAGGCACUAGAGAUGACACUCACGCGCCGUAGGCAGCUGGGUAACGCCUCGUCUGGACCCACCAGCGAACCCGUAAUCUUUCGCUACACGCCAAGUCAGCAGUCUGCUGGCACCAUAAACCAACGUCUGAUCAAGAUGGUGGAGAAAGAGACGGAUCCUUUGGAGCCAUCGCGUUACCGCAACAAGAAGUUGCCUGCUGCGGCGCCGUCGCCGCCUCCUCCGUUGCAGCAUUCGCCCCCUCGUAAGCUGACGAAGGAGGACCAGUUGGCGUGGAAGAUCCCCCCUUGCAUCAGCAACUGGAAGAAUUCUAAGGGCUAUACCAUCCCGAUUGACAAGCGUGUGCAGGCUGAUGGCCGCCGCCUCCAGGAGGUGUACGUGAAUGAGAAGUUUGCCGUAUUCGGCGAGAGCCUCUCACUGGCGGAGCGCACGGCACGUGAGGAGGUUCGGCUGCGAAACGAAGCGCAUCGUAUGGAGAAGCUUAAAGAGGCGCAGGAGAAGGAGGAGCAACUGCGUGCUCUGGCCGCUCGUGCGCGCGAGGAGCGUUCUCGGAUUGACGUGCACAGCGAACUGCAGGCAGCCGAGUUUGAGCGCAAGAGAGAGAUCGAGCGUGAGCUGCGCUUGGAGCGAGCUGGCAAGAAGAUCAAGGCUGCCGCCGCCCGGGACAGGGAUAUCACAGAACGUGUCGCCCUCGGGCAGCCUGCACCGAGCAGGGUCUCAGACACGCACGACUCGCGACUGCUGAAUACUGCGGCGGGUAUUGACUCUGGAUUCAACGCCGGCGAAGAUGAGACUUACAACGUGUAUGACAAACCCCUGUUUGUUGAUCGGAGCAUCGUCGGGAUAUAUCAGCACUCCAACGAGCGUUUCAAGCAGUCCUUGGGAGCUAGUGAAGCAGCUCGCGUGCCAUCUUUUGCUAACGCCGCGCAGGUACAACGGACAACGCCCGUUGAGUUUGUCAAGGAGACAUCAGACCCGUUCGGUUUGGGAGCGCUAUUGGACAAGGCGAAUAAAGAAGCGUGA